AUGUUUAAUAUUAUUUUGUGUUUCGUAAGAGUUUUUUGAAUGGUGAGCACCAAAUCAGAAGAGACAGAAAUAUGAGGGUACCUUGCACUAUUUGCACAGAAGUUAUUACUAAAGAUGCUGCUGCUACACCUUGUGGACACAUCUUUCAUUAUGCAUGCUUGCACCAGUGGGUCGCCCCAAACAAGACAUGUCCCACUUGUCGAAAAAAGUGUCCUGUAAAGGAAGUAUUGAAGCUAUUCAUAAAUGGUUCAGAUCCGCUAUUUAGUGCCAACCUUGAAGAUAUUUCUUCUGAGGAAAUGAAGGAACAAUUAUCUAUGCAAGACAGUUUGCUUAAACAGAAAGACAAGGCGCUACAAGACGCGAAGGCCUCCUUAGAGGAAGUACAAGAACACAUGAAGGCAUGGGAAGCGCAGUUUACAUCCACUGAUAAAAAGCUAAGAGCGGAGCGAGCUACCAGCUCUACACUAAAGAAGCAGUUGACUGUGAUGCAGCAUGAGUGUGACCGUGCCAAGUCUAUACAGAAGGAGGCUGACAAAAUGAAGACUGAACUUAGUACUGUUAGAGGAAUUAAUGCUGUGCUGAAAGGGUCCAGUGAAGAAGUGGAAGAGUUGCUAAAGAACUACUCAGCGUCUCAGUUAGCUACUUUCGUUACUGCAAUCAAAGGUGAUUACGAUGUGCUCAAACAGAAAAAAAAAGCAUUACAAAAGGAGAAGGAUGGGCUAGCACAAGAUGUCAUCGUCUUAAAAACACAGCUUCGUGGGAAAGAUUGUGAGCUGAAAGACUGCCAGGAGAGGUUGUCAACAGCUGAGAGUGAUGUGCGUCACUUUGAACAGGAGAACAGAAACUUACGUGAAAAGGUGGAAAUACUUUGCAAAGCAGCUGAAUCACCUGGAUCAAAGCUUGCUCUAAAACGGAUGCUGGAAAGUCCAGCCCCACUGAAGGAGCACGGUUAUUGCAAUCAGAUGGUUGGUAGUGACAUUGGAGCCAGCCCACUGUUAGCGUCUCGCACCAAGUCGAAGUCAAGAAUUGACGCCAGUCAAGCAUCAACUUCUGAUGUGGAAGUGGAGAUGGCAGGAUCCAAAAGAAGCCGGAAUGAGCAUUCUGGCAUUGUGUUUCCAGUUAAGAAGUUUAGAGGGUUGAGUACUUCAGAAAAUAUUGCCUCUGGAUUCAAUGGAAUGGGUGGUCAGACGAAGUUUAUCAUGCCUAAGCCAAAAGUUCCCAAGAAACCAUCAUUUGCUUCUUCCAGACUCAUCAGUAAGCCUUUUGCCCCUAGAAAGGCACCAUUAAACCAACCUAAAAUUAGAUUCUGAGCUAGAGUGUUGAUAGACUAAUUCAUUAAUUUGUUUUCGUGUUACUAUAAUUAUAAGCAAUGGUUGUAUAUAAUUGACAA